ACGGCUCUGCGGCUCGGAGCGCCGAGCGGGAGCGGCGCGAGCCCGAGGGGGCGGGGAAGCGCGGGCUGGCGUGCGCGCGCCGGGCGUGGGUUGGGGUAAGAAGAGCGGGCGCGGCGGCAGCGCGAGGCAGAGGGACGCCGGCUACCCUGGACAGCGCAUCGCCGGACGCUGGGGUCGCCGCGCCGCGGAUCAUGGAGCAUCUAAAGGCCUUUGAUGGUGAAAUCAAUGCCUUUUUGGACAGUAUGUUUGGACCUCGGGAUUCUCGAGUCAGAGGGUGGUUCCUGUUGGACUCCUACCUUCCCACCUUUUCUCUCACUGUCUUAUACCUGCUUUCCAUAUGGCUGGGCAACAGAUACAUGAGGAGCAGACCUGCUCUUUCCCUCAGGGGCGUCCUCACCUUGUACAAUCUUGGAAUCACACUUCUCUCCGCAUACAUGCUGGCAGAGCUUAUUCUCUCCAGUUGGGAAGGAGGCUACAACUUACAGUGUCAGGAUCUUACCAGUGCAGGGGAAGCCGACAUCCGGGUAGCCGAAGUGUUAUGGUGGUACUACUUCUCCAAAUUAAUAGAGUUCCUGGACACGAUCUUUUUUGUGUUGCGGAAAAAAACCAGUCAGAUUACCUUUCUUCACGUAUACCAUCAUGCCUCUAUGUUUAACAUCUGGUGGUGCGUUUUGAACUGGAUACCUUGUGGGCAAAGUUUCUUUGGACCCACCCUGAACAGCUUCAUCCACAUCCUCAUGUACACUUACUAUGGCCUUUCCGUGUUUCCAUCUAUGCGCAAGUAUCUUUGGUGGAAGAAGUAUCUCACGCAGGCUCAGCUGGUGCAGUUCGUGCUCACCGUCACCCACACCAUGAGCGCUGUCGUGAGGCCCUGUGGCUUCCCCUUCGGCUGUCUCAUCUUCCAGUCUUCUUAUAUGCUGACGCUGGUCAUCCUGUUCUUAAACUUCUAUGUUCAGACAUACCGGAAAAAGCCAAUGAAGAAAGAUGGGGAAGACCCACAUGCAGGGCAAGAAGUUAAGAAUGGCUUUUCCAAAGCCUACUUCACUGCGACAAAUGGAAUAACAAACAAGAAAGCACAAUAAAUGCUGAGUUACGUUAUUGAAAAUAGGAAAAGAGGGCUAUGGGAAGGUGCUGGCACCGAGCCACGGGCUGAGAACGAGCCACAACGGAAAGCACCAGUUUGGCAAACUCGGUGCUUCCUUUCCCUGCUCCAAGUAACACGAGCUCCACUGAGAAGCACGGGAGCAGAGGAAGGUCAGCAGGACCCUCUCCCUUCUCCCAGCGGUGGGGCUAUUACUUACUAUUAAAUUGUCCCAAGAAUGGAAACUGAGGAUGUUUUCUGAAGAUCUGAUGAAGAUUGAUAUACUGUAACAUUUUUAUACCCUAUAAAACAAGAUUUGCCAACUUUGACACUUUAUCUUCUUUCCUACCUUAUUUUAAGAAGUUUUUAGGUCAUAACGUGGAUAUCAGAGGCUUAAGUGCCAGAAAGGCAUUUUCACCAUUGCCCCAACACAUUACAGUCUGUUUGGGAAUGACUUUGUCCUUUUGGGGGCAUUUCUUUUUUUUUUAUGAGUAUUUGGGAAAAAAAAUUUUUUUAAACUACAGGAAAACAAAACAACACACUUCGGUACUGACACACACACUGAGGAAACCAACUCUUCUGUUUCCUGUAAAAGCCCCUUGGGAUUCUGCCACACUGAAAGGUGACUGACCUUAGUCCAGUCUUCACGGUGAGGGCGUCGUGCCCUGUAGCCCCCUCUCUGCCAGUUGACCCAUUUCUACCGAACAGACAUCUUCUGUCUGAUGCCCCCUUACUCUUGGAUCUUUCGAAAUAGCUUUUUAAAACUGACUUGCUUUAGGGUGCUUAAUCUCCGCUUCCAUCACAUCAUACCUGCACGGUUAUACGUCUCGUUCUCUCCCAGAAACUCCCUUUAAAACAAGGGCUCGCUUCGAGCAUGGCUCAGCACUCCUCUGUGACAGAACCCGCGACAGACUGAGGACGAAGCACCCUGGAGCAGCUGGGCUCUAGUUCAGUUUUACGUCUCAGACAUGAGCUAAAAUCUGUUACCAAAGUGCACUCACCGCAGGUAAAAAUGAGACUCAGAAGACAGACAUCACUGGUCAGUCACUGGCUCCAGCGUAUGUUUAAUUGUCAGCGAGGCCCUGGGCUCACCACUUGGCCUCAUGCCUGCAGUUCUGGAUGCUUUGAUGGGCUUCAUAUCAGCACAACACGGAGGGCAGCAUCCUUCAGCCGAAGGAGAAGGCCCAGGCAGCUGGAAACCUCUCUGAUCAAAGGAAAAAACUUGGUUUACACUUUCAAGCUCAGAUUUGGCUAGAGGUUUCAGGAUGCUUAUUUCCAGCUUGGUCUUUAAUUCUAGAGAAGCUUAAUGAAACACUUAUUGCCUUAAAGCAUUCAAGGGCUGGUAAAAAAAAAUACAGAGCUAUAUAAAGUCUUAGUCACAAAAAUUGAGUCAGGUAAAUGUCUUCACCUGUUUCUAAGUGUUACAAUUUUAAACGUUUACUUUUAAUGUGAUUUUCCUAAAGCACAGCUUUAAAAAAAAUCUGUAUAAUUUGUUAAAAAAGUCUUUUCCCCAAAUAAAUUUCCUCUUACUCAUAGGUAUGAAAACAUUUAAAUGAAUAUUGUAAGCAUAUAUGUUGCUAAUUCCAAUUUUUUUAAGUAACAAAAUGGAAUGUUAUUUAAUGGAGUUAAAUACAGAAAUUUCAACCCAUUGAAAUUAUAUACUGAACUAUUUAGGCACACUGUGCAGCGGGGAAGUCCUCCCCAUUAGAGAAGUAUUUUUAAGGCAAAAUGCUGUUUCCUGUGAUGGAGAACUAGCUCUUUGUGUAAGAGACCAGUCUAGUUCUUUCCAGUAUUUCCAUAUCAUUUUAUGUUUCUGGGGACUUCCUUAUUUGGAAAAUAAGGAUAUCACUUUUUCUGGUUUUCCUUUGAAAAUACUUAUAUGUUAAGAACGUAUCAUGAUUGGGGCAGCCGGGGAGGCAAGAGAAGCCAUUUUUCUUUGUAGAUAAAAAGCAUUCGGUAUAAUUGUUGUAUAAUAAAUUGAUUUGUAC